AAUGGCGGGAACGCCAACCUUCAAUGUAAUAUCAGCUUCUUCCAUCUUCAGUCGAUCUUCGUCGUCGCUUAAACUCCCAUCACGCCCCAUCUUCCUCCCACUGCGUUUUCUUCCUAAAACGCCUUCUCGCCUCAGAAUUUGCAGAAUUUACGCCUUGUCCAGUAACGAUAUUAAGGUGGGUACCAACAUUGAAGUGGAUGGAGCUCCUUGGCGAGUUUUAGAGUUUCUUCAUGUGAAACCUGGGAAGGGGGCAGCGUUUGUGAGGACCAAACUUCGGAAUUACAUUACAGGGAACACGGUUGAGAAGACUUUUCGAGCUGGAAGUACGAUUGAUGAGGCACAUGUGUUUAAGGAAUCCAAGCAGUUUACAUAUAAAGAUGGUUCACAGUUUGUCUUCAUGGAUCUGACUUCUUUUGAAGAAACUCGUGUUAACGAACCAGAUGUUGGGGAUAAGAAAAAGUGGCUGAAAGAGGGAAUAGACUGCAAUUUGCUAUCUUGGAAAGGAAAGAUCAUUGAUCUCGAACUUCCCAUCACAGUUCAGCUUACCGUGGUUGAUGUUGAUCCGGGAGUAAAAGGUGACACUGCUUCAGGUGGUGGAUCCAAACCAGCAACUGUCGACACUGGCGCAAUUGUUAGUGUUCCACUCUUUGUUAAUAUAGGAGACGAGAUUUUGGUCGAUACAAGAACUGGGCAAUACUUGAGCCGUGCAUAAGUUUUUUGCUUGGAGAUUUAUUAUCAUCAAAAAAAUUCUUUAAAUUUUAUUAUUUUUUGUUUUGUUAAUUAUUUUGAAAUAGUCAAUGUUGUGCUGCAUUCAUUUACAGUGUUCACCUUUUUGUUAGAUUCUAGAAAAUGAAGCUAAUAUAGCUACUCUAUGCAG